CUCCUAAAAUUUCUAACACGGCAUAUCAAUGACGACGUGAAAGAGCGACAACGUCUUGAUAUCCCAGGCUAUCCCAAUUAUUCAAUGCCGAUAACCACGACGUCUACUUACUUCCAUCCUUACCAUUCGAUACCACGGUAGCAGAUGGCGUGCAGCAAUUGCAGACGGCAGCUUGCGCUGCUGGUAAGAGAAACCAGUGCCCUACUAGAGUUCCGAAAUACUGUCGCUACGGCACAGUCGCAGUUCACCCGUCCUCUCGUCGCCAUCGAUCACUCUAGAUCCAGUCAUGAUCAGCAGUUGCGACAGAGGAGGGGGUUCGCCAGCACACCCGGUAGACCUGCGUUAAACCUCUCGCAGUCGAUUCGCGAAGGCGUCGGCAGCGUGUUCAGGAAGACGGCCGAGCCGUACCGCGUUGUGCAGGCUACCGAGACAAUAUACAAGGCGUGCAGCCGCGAAGCGCUGUACACCAUCUCUAUCGCGGACAGGAAGGCCGGUACGAUACCAAAGACGACAGAGGGUGAGGAUAUAGGUGAAGGGAAAACGAUGUGGCAUCAAGAUUUCAAACUCCCCCCAACCUUUAGCACGUGGUCACAAAUCACAAUGCUGCACAUGUACCUCGUCUUCGCCAGACUACGGAAUCUCGAGCGAGAAACAGCGCGGUCGUGGCAGCGACAGUUGGUGGACCAUUACUUCUUCGACGCAGAGGAGAAGAUGGACCUAUUGCACGGAAUCAACUCACGCGCUCUGCGGCACCGAUACCUGAAGGACCUGUUCGUCCAGUGGCGCGGCGUGAUCGCAGCCUAUGACGAAGGCGUCACCAGGGGAGACCCCACGCUCGCAAGUGCCGUGUGGCGCAACGUAUACAAGGGUCGCGACGAUGUUGACCUACGUGCCCUCGCUGCUAUCGUCAGCUGGAUGCGUCUAUGCCUCAAGAUGCUGGACCAGAUCCCCGACGAGGCCCUAUACUACCGGGCUGAGGCCGUCUUUAAGUGGCCCGCUAAGAAUGAGCUCCUGCUGGUAGAUAAGCCGACACGGGAACUCGAGGUAGAGCUCGCAAAUAAAUCUUCGCCGCCGGCACAGAAAGUCACUGCGUAAGAGGUUGGUAUGUAUACGUUGUCAUUGUUGGGUACGCGACGAUAAAGGAAGAGAUUUUGUUGAUAUGGGAGUUAUACCGGCUUACAUGGAUAUAUCUAAUAAUACCCUUGGGGCCUUGUGCACGAUCACGGCUUAUGCCAUGCUUCACAUCCUGAACUUGAC